CCCGGGGCCCCUCAGUUGCUUCAGAGCAUCUCCUCGGGGUCCGUCUGCAGCCGGCUUGCACCAGUCCUGCGAGAGGCCACCCCCGGCGCGGGCCCCCGGGCCCUGCUCCAGUGCGGCCCGGAGACCUCCCCGUCGGCCUGGGGGAGCCCGACAGCGGGGCUCGGCUCUCCUUGCUUUGGUGCCUCAUAGAUCCGGGCUCCUCAUUUACUCAACAACUUGUAAGGACCAGAGUGAGCCCUGGUUUAGCACUGACCUACAAGGGACCUGCACCAGAAAUACAAAUUAUAUGAAAGUUAUUUCAAGGGGUCUCAGAAGCUAAUAAAUUAGCCCAGGACAACAAAGGCAUCAGAAGUUUUCCCUAAAAAACAUGCUAAUGUUUGACCCAGUCCCAAUCAAGCAAGAAGCCAUGGAACCUGUUUCAGUGUCAUACCCAUCCAAUUACAUGGAUCAAAUUAAGCCAAACAAAUACGGCGUCAUUUAUUCUACACCAAAUAUGUUGCACAAUAAAUUCUAUUCAACCCCAGAAGGACUAGCUAAUGGAAUCCAGAUGGAGCCAGUAGAUCUAACGGUGAACAAACGAAGCUCACCACUUUCAGCUGGAAGUUCUCCUUCCCCACUAAAAUUUCAGACUGUACACAGAAGAGCCUCACCUGGACUAACUCUGUCCUCACCCAGUCCACCUAUGAAAAAAUUCACGCCACCACCUCCUGGAGUACAACCAUUUCCCUUACCAUUAACAAUCCCUCCAGUUAUGGCGGCUCUUUCACGCCAUGGACUUAGAAGCCCUGGAAUACUCCCAGUUAUACAGCCACUUGUGGUCCAGCCAGUUCCCUUCAUGUAUACUCCUCAUCUCCAGCAACCUCUAAUGAUGCCUACACUUCUUGCUGAUGAAUUGGAGAAUCCAAGUAGUGUACCAGUGCCUGUAAUUGAAUCUUAUGAAAAACCUCCAUUAAAGAAAACUAUUAAAGUAGAACCAGGAACCGAAUCACCUAGGACUGACUUCUAUCCUGAACAAAUGUCACCUCCAUUGAUGACUUCACUGUCUCCUCCCCAAGUAAUGUUGCAAGAGAAUCACCCUUCAGUUAUAGUGCAGCCUGGGAAGCGGCCUUUACCUGUGGAAUCUCCAGACACACAAAGGAAACGCAGAAUACACAGAUGUGAUUAUGAAGGUUGCAACAAGGUCUACACUAAAAGCUCCCACCUGAAAGCUCACAGAAGAACACAUACAGGUGAAAAGCCAUACAAAUGUACCUGGGAAGGAUGCACGUGGAAGUUUGCUCGUUCUGAUGAACUAACAAGGCAUUUCCGUAAACAUACUGGAAUCAAGCCUUUUCAGUGCCCAGACUGUGACCGUAGCUUCUCACGUUCGGACCAUCUUGCCCUUCACAGGAAACGUCACAUGUUAGUCUGAAUGUCUUUUGUCCUCUGACUCCCAUCACACUUUCUUUUUUUACAUGUGCAUUUUUAAUUUGGAUUCAGCUGGUCUGAAUCUCUGAGUUUAUACCAUUAAAAGCUUCCAUAUGGUCAGUAAUAGAUGUUCUCUAACCCUUCUAUGUUCUUGCCACGGGUCAGACCUAAAGAAUGUGAACACUUUUUUUUUUUUUUCCUCUGGGGGAUGCUAAGCAAACCCUUUCUGCAGACAGUAUGUUUAAUGUAUUCCUGUGUGAAUAAGGGAACUUCAUUGGUUUCUCCAUAUAAUCAACCAGCAUAUAGUGAUAAACUAGUAAAUGCUAUUCAGUAUCCAGAUUGCUAGUCCUUGCCAGAGACUUUAUUUAUGUCCUGUAAAAAAUACUCUUUGUAUGCUCAACAAUGCAAUGAAUAGACUUUUCCAACAUUGUUGGUUACACCAUCCUGUUUAACACAACACUUUUAGAAAAGCACCUCUUUGAUGUAGAAAUCCCCUCUGCCUCAAGAGCAAAAGAGCUAAGCAAUAUAUUCUUCUUAAAUCAUGAAAGUUUAAGUGGUAAAAUUCAUUUAGACCCAGCAGAAAUCAAACUGUACUGAAUACUGUGUUAUAUGUUUUUUUCUGUUUGUAUUGCAUAAUGCCUUGGCAGAUUCAGCAGGUGAAGACCUUGCAUGAUGCUGGGCACAUCUACACAUGCUAUUAAUGUGCUUGAAUAACUUCCAGCACAGUUUGUGCCAGAGUGUAUUACUCCCAGGCGCAGCAUUUACACAUGUGCCCGAGACUGCAGCACAUUGAGC